AUGUCGGCAAAGGAGCUGAAGAUGGAGCGCCUCGACCUUAGCUCCAAUAUGGCCUGCUCCCUCCUUUGCCGCUGGCCAGCGGGCGCCGGCCCCGAGUGCGCUGUGGUGGGCAAGUGCAUUCUCUUCAACAAGACAGGCUUGCCCUUGGUGGCUCGCGAAAGUGAGGCCACGGCACCGGUUGGGAUCCUGGCACCUGGCAAGGUCGCGGUUCUCCGAGCAGAGGUGGAAGUUCGUGUUGGAACCGGUGGAGCCCAGGCUACAGAGGCGCCAUCGUCCAAGCUGACGCUUCCUUCGUGCACAGAAACCCUUCAUUGUCGUGUCACAGCUGCAGUGAACGAAACCAGCAAGAUCUUCAACUGGGUUGAGCAUGCGGUCACGCUGAAGGAUGGCAAGCUGCUCCUGGGCCUUCCGAAUGGCUCUGCCCCUUGCGCUGUUUGGCCGCUGAGCACCCACAGUACCGCCACUGCUGCAGAGCCACACAUGGCGGCCGGAGAGAAGGACUGCUUCAUGCUGGAAGAUCCAGGGCGCGGUCAGCCUCUUCUCUUCCGAGCUCCCAGCCGACAAGCGCAGGUCGACUGGCUCAGCCGCCUUCGCGAGACGGUGGCGGCACUCAAGCAGGAGGAUGAGACAAGCAUCACCGCUGGCUGGGAUGAUGCGCACGGAGUGUGCAUACGCGGUCGCAUCCCAGACGGCUUAUUCAAUGCCUGGUGUUCGGACGGCAUCCCUGUGCAAGUUCCUGAUCAAGGCGAGUUCAUCAUUACGGCUGGCACGGCCCAAGCACCGCUCGCCAUGUUCCUGGGCGUUCAGGUUCAUCCUUUGAUGGGCCUCUUCACGCAGUCCAAAGGUGUCACUGUGACGCCGCGCUUUGUCCUCCGAAAUGCCUCUGCGAGCUAUGUCCAGGUGUUACCAGCGCUCCUCCCACCGAAUGAUGCCAACUGGCCUGAAGUGCCUUCUCGCAGCGCUGACAUAGUCGAGGAGCACGCAGGUCGGAUUCUCUCGAUCGCGGAUUUCAUCGCGCAAGACGACGAGAAGGAGGCGAUCUGGGUGCCGCCUGGCGCAAGCCUGGCGCUGUUCCACUUCCCAACGCGUUGCCAGGCAUCGGAUCUGCGCAAGGGUGCCAAGGCAGUGGCUUUGCGCCUUCCAGGGCGGCCAUUGCUCCAGAUGAUCUCCGUGAAGUACAAAUACCCUCUGGCCCUCGACCGUGUGUCGACUGGAGGCUUUCUUCCGUACAGGGAUAAGCUGGUGCAGCUCGGACGACUGCCGCAGAGCAUGCGGAUCCUUGCGAAGGAGGGGCGGCUGCUGUGCCUGCGCGGAGAGUACCUCAAGGAUUUCGACUUCGGGGAGGUGGUGCUGAGCCGGCCAGCGGAAGUCUGGAUUGGCCUUCCAAACACGGGCACCGUGGAGCCGGCAAAAUGGCUGUUGAAGGAGCCGUGGACGAAAUUGUCGCAGGCCGCGCCGGAAGUCAGGAUUGCAGAGGUCGAGUGGAGGUAG